AAUUCCAUAUAAAUAAUCCAAGAUUCUGGAAACAGAUCAUCAUUCAGUUUUUACCAAACAAACGAAUAAUACACAACAAUUUAAACAAAAUGAAAUUCUUCAUUGUUUUCGCUGCCCUCUUCGCCCUCGCUUUGGCUGCUCCCGCUGAACACCAAGCUGAAAUCGUUCACCAAGAAUCUGAUGUUGAACCUGAGGGUUUCAGAUUCCUUACCGAAACCUCUGAUGGUACCCAUCACGAUGCCGAAGGUAAGGUAAAGGAUGUUGGCUCUGAACACGAAGCCAUCGUUGUUCACGGUUCUUACUCCUGGGUUGAUGAAAAGACUGGCGAAAAAUUCACCGUUAACUAUGUUGCCGAUGAAAACGGUUUCCAACCCGAAGGUGCUCAUUUGCCCAAACCCGAACAUUAAGUGAAAGUAUGAAGUGAAUUGUUAAAUUGUUGUUUAAAAUAAUUUAAUAGUUUAUGAUUUUUCAAAAAGAAAUAAAUAAAUAUGAAUUUUAAAAUUUUAUAAAAA